AUGCUCCACGCCAACCACCCGGGUAUCGCAGCCAUGAAAAGUACAGCAAGAAGCCAUUUCUGGUGGCCCAAGCUGGAUCAUGAUAUUGAGAUCACGGUGAAGAGCUGUCCGAUGUGUCAGACUUGGGCUCGCGCUUCUUCACCACUCGUGGACAUAGAGUUCGAGCGUCCCCACACGCCAUGGCACACGCUACACAUGGACUUCGCGGGACCCAUCGACGGUUGGUCGUACCUUAUCGUCAUAGACUCAUUUUCCAAAUGGCUCGAAGUCAAGCGCAUGCGAAGCACAACGUCAGCACGCAUAAUAGAACAGUUACGCAACAUUUUUGCGACGUUGGGCAUCCCUAGGGUAAUCGUCACAGACAAUGCGCCCAAUUUUGUUUCGGCGGCGAUGGCGAAUUUCUACACAAGGAAUGGAAUCAAGCAACGAACAAGCGCUCCGUUCUACCCAUCCACGAACGGACAAGCAGAAAGGAUGGUCGGAGAAACCAAACGUGCUCUCACGAAAUUAACUGACGGCAGCAUCGAGUGUCGGUUAGCACGUUUCUUGUUCAAACAACACACCACAGUGUCUACAAGUACAGGGAAGACCCCGGCGGAGCUCCUCUUCGGGCGGCGCUUGACUACGCCCCUGGAUUGGAUGCACCCAGAAAAUGACUCGUCCAGUCACGAGAUUCCCCAAGUUCUUCCACGGUCCCACGACUUUGAACCUGACCGGUUAGUCUUCAUUCGCAACUUCGCGGGAGAGCAGCCGUGGAUACCGGCCGUUAUAAUCAAAAAGAUCGGUCGUUGUUCAUUUUCUGCGAAAACUGCAGACGGCAGAGUUCACCGUCGGCACGUGGACCACAUCAAGCCACGUUUGCUGAAGAGCGACCAUGUAGCGACAUGGGAAACAGCCAAAGCAAGCUUACUCAACUUUCCCCUCGACAUGCAGCAUACUCCGCAAGUGACUCAGUCGCACGGCCAUUCAACUCAGGAAGGUCAGUCAGCUGAGAGUAAUGAAAGUCUCCGGCCCCAGAGUCAGACCCCAGGUGACUUGCCCCCUCAACAGGAAUCUUCAAGCAAGGAUCACCAGCCUCCAGAACCAGCUGGCCUCUCUGAGCAGGCAGAGCACAAUAGCGAGGAAGUGAACCAGCCGGCAAACUUUUCAUCGCAAGAGCAGACAAGAAACGACUCUACAGCACAAAGUGCUCAGAAGAGAGGACGUUUUGGCAGGGAAGUUAAGACGCCUAAGCGCUACAAAGACUUUCACUUAAAUUAG